AUGCUAAACUGCAAACUUGUGAAGGAUGUAUUAUUGACUGACGAAGAUACAUAUAAAAUUAACUUCUUGAACUAUUUGUUCAACCCUGUAUGUGAGUAUGUGGCAUCAUUGUUACAUUCUGAAAUUGAAGUACGGAAUAAAAAUACAGUUUGUCAAACAGGAGUGCAUACUAAGAUACCUCACACUACGAAUGAUUUAUUUCAAUCGGAUAUUUUCGCUUAUGCGGAAAAAAAGCACUACCGAUCGUUAGCUGUUGUGGAAGUCAAAAAAUUACCACUUUUAAGGGACGGCAAAGUGAUAAACCUUAAUGAACCAAAAAUGGUUAGAUUAUUUGUUCUUGACGCAGACAUGUUUUCUAACCACACAAAUUAG